AUGUUACGAGUACUGGAGAGAGUCGUUGAGACCCAUACUAAACUUGAAGUUUGGGGGUUGGUUACUGAACGGCUCCGAUCGAACUGCACCAAAUUGUUUAGAGGCGUUACUGGAGUCACUCCUACCGUGGCUGAGUAUUGGCUUGAGGAUACCAAGUACAUUAGGAACGACUUCAACUGUACGGCUACACAAAAACUUAGAGGAGAGAGGUCCGUAGUUGAGUACGAGGCUGAGUUUCUAAGAUUAAGCAGAGGAGCGAGUGUUUGUGCCUUAAGAGAAGUUAAGCCUACUGAACGUGAAAGAAAAGACCGAGAGAGAGCACAGAAUAAUGUGAGGAAAGAUUCAGGUCAUUCUGGUUUUGUUAAGUACCCCAAGAAAUGGGCUAGAGUCGACAAACCUUUUAGGAACGAGGCGUUAAUCGCUUCUAAUGUGACUUUGUACUGUGUUGAUUGCGGGAGAAGCCAUCCAGGUUUUACUCAUUCUUACAUAGCUAGUAUUGUAUCUGCAAGACUGAAUAUCUCUACUGAGUAUACUGCUAGCAAGGUUUCUAUGUUUAACAAAUACUCUGACUAUAUUUAUGGACCUGAUGAAUCGAGUGUUUCAUCCAUAUUUGAUCAGUUUGUAAUAGUGUUCGUCGAUGAUAUCCUCAUCUACUCAAAGACUGAAACUAAGCACGACGAUCAUCUUUGUCUCGUAUUACAAAUGCUUUGUGAAAAACAGUUGUAUGCUAAGUUUAGUAAGUACGAGUUAUGGCUGUCUGAGGUUGCCUUUCUGGGCUAUGUUGUGACCGCCGGGGGAAUACGAGUCUACCCCAAGAAAUUUGAGGCUGUAGUUGAAUGGUCUUGGGAGCAGCAGUUGAGCUUUGAGAAGCUUAAGUCCGUUCUGACACAAGCUCUUACUCUAAUUCGACCUGAACCGGGUAAAUAUUUUAUAAUCUAUAGUGAUGCGUCACAUGUCGGCUUAAGUUUCUUGCUAUAUUUUCUUACACCCAGCUUUUUUAAAAAAAGAAAAGAAAAGAAAAUAAUUGCAUCAUCACCUUAUGAACUAACCCUUGAUUGCAAACCACUCACUAGUUAUUCUAUGACAUUGAAAUCUUUUGGAGAUCAACAAAUGAAUGGUCAAACACAGAAGCUUGAACAUGUCCUUUCUCGUCUCGAAGAAGAACGCCUUAAGAUCGAUGCUUUCAAGCGUAAGCUUACCCUUUGCAUGCAACUUCUUGCCAAUGUUAUGAAGGCUUCAAGACAACAACUACAUGCAUACCGAGCAAAUCAAGGAUCAAAAGCAAUUUUUGAAGAAUUUAUACCCCUCAAUAACUCACACUCUGAGAACACUAAGAGAUUAGAAAACAUGUCUGAGAAAGCUAACUUGAUGAUAACUGAACAACUAUGGAGACAAACAGGAACCGAAAUGAAAUCACGAUCUUCAAUUGCAUCUCCGGCAAAAGCUGAUAUCGAUUUCAAUGUUGGUCCCAAGUUAGAUUUAGAUACCAAGGUGAGAAAUGGAGGAGCUUUCCUUCCGUUAUCCAAAGACCGAAACUCAUCAUCAUCUUGCGCUGGUCCGACUUUACAACCCCUCCCUGAUUUAAAACUUGCCUCUAUCAGUAAAGAUAUGGAAGAAAAUAAAUGCUCAAAGGCUGAAAAUGAUAACUUAGGCAAAGUAGGUAACGGCGGCGUUCUAAUUGAGCAAGGCAAAGGGAGCAGUAACACAAUUGAUGGGCAAACAACAACUAGUCAACCUGAUAGGAAGUCUAGGCGUUGUUGGUCACCUGAUUUGCAUGAGAGAUUUGUCAAUGCUCUCCAGAUGCUUGGUGUUCAUCAAGUUGCCACACCGAAACAAAUAAGGGAGUUGAUGAAGGUUGAAGGUUUGACCAAUGAUGAAGUGAAAAGCCAUCUGCAGAAAUAUAGGCUCCAUACAAGAAGGCCAAAUCUAAGUCCACAACCAGCUGGACCCCCAACGUCCCAGCUUGUAGUCCUAGGUGGUAUAUGGGUUCCAUCAGAAUAUGCAACUGCUGUAGCAAACACCAACAGCGCGGCUCUCACCCUGUAUGGUGCUCAUCACCCUCCACUGGCUCUCCAUUUACCACCUCACUUCUGUGCAUCACCGGUACCCCAAGAAUUCUACACUGCGACAACUAUUGCAACGCCGGCUCUUUCACAGCAGCUGCUCCACCACCAACUCCAUUACAAAGCCAAUUCACAAGCCCAUAGCUCACCGGAAUCUGACGUCAAGAGGACCGGAAACCACUCCGAAAGCAUUGAAGAUAACAAGUCUGAGAGCAGCAGCCGGAAAGGUGAGAGCGGUGACAACGGUAGCGAUAGAGAUCAGAGGAAAGGUUUAGGUGCAUUGACAUUGGGAGAAGAAGGUGAAGAAAGCAAUGGAUGUGAUAUCACUCUCAAAUUUUGAGAGUUUUUACGUUUAGUGCUUAGAGAUACUCCGUGUAUUUUUCUACAUAAUCAUAUGAUAUUAUUUUCAAAAAGGAAAAAUUAAUCUAAAUUUUUUUAUGUUAAAUAUGAAGAAA